UCAGGGUUAGGAUUCCAAGUCAGGUCUUCUUGAGCCCUCUGUCCAAUAAGUCACCCAGUUGCCUAGAAAGGUUUUGUUCAAUUUCUUUUAUGUUGGCUGUCUGAAAGCUUUAAAAGCAUAUUUUUGUUGGGUUGUUUUUUUCUUCAAAUCUAUAGUAAAUCAUAACAUUUGAAUGAGAUUCUUUAUGCUUCACCUCAAGUCCAGUUUCUUUAAAUAAAAAGACAUUUUCUCUUCUUUCUGCUGUUGAUGUGUGCCCUUUAUCUCCUACAUAUCUUUAUGGAAUCACUUCCCCCAACAUUGUGGACUGGACUGUCCUCCCCCUUCUAUUCAAAUGAGGGCGGUUACAGGGAACUGUUUUCUUUGGCUAUCAAGGCUGGUAUAUUGCUUCCCAGCUCUGAGGACAAAGGAUGAUUUUUUUUUUCCUUUCAUGUGCUCUGGCAGAAAUAUAUGCAGAAGUACCUGUAAAACUCAUACCACAUACAACAAAAUUGUUGCCCCACCCUAAGAAGUAGUGAAUCACUAUAAUCAUUUAAAACAAACCAGGGUGGAGAGCUGGAAAUCUUUGGGCCUGGGGAAGUAGAGCAGAGGUUGGCUGGGGGCUAAUGGAGGUGGGGGCCAUAGAAUCAACAAUUGCAGCUUGCAGGAAAAUUGCAAAAUCCUAGGGCACUGUGCUACCAGAUUUUCCAUUAACACAUCAUGAAUGUUUUACACAGCUUCCCAAUCUGCCCUCAGGUUCACAUUUGGAAAUGGGAGAGAAAAUAGACACAACAGCACAGGCUGAAUAAUGGACUCUCUACCUUUCUGAUAGGGCCUUAACUUCUGAGCUUACAUGUAAACGUGUGCACAGACACACACAAACACACACAUGUAUAAGUAAUAAUUGUGUUCUCUAGGAGGAUGCUAGAAAACUCACUUGGCACAUGAAGAAAAAGUAGUAGUUGGAAUUUUCACCACCUGAGGAUAUUGAUUUUAAGUAGAAAAAUAGGAGACAGGGAAUCUCCCUGGCUCCAUUUAAUUCUGAAGCCUUUUAGGAUUUAGGGCUGUCCCUCUGGGGCAUCGUUUUUUAGCUCUCUGGUUGGAUUCCUUGAAGUAAGCUUGUGGAGAAUCACAGAUUUAGAACUGAAGGAGAACUUAAUAGCCACUUAAUUGAACCCUCUCAUUUUAUGGAUGAAGAAACUGAAUCACUUAUUAAAGAUCAAUUCUCCCUUUCUGGCAAAGCUAAAAUUCAAAAUUUGUCCAACUCAGCAAAUUGUGAGGAUUUCAGAUUUUGGUGGUGUUUUAGGGGAGAUUUAAGUGGAGAUAUAGGGGAGAGUUAAACAAAUAAGAUACUUGUGAAAAUAGAUUAAUUUUAGAGUAUUACCUAAAUUCUGCCAUUCAGCCCUCUGCUGAUAAAUGAUUGAACAGAAAAUCUAUUCAGUAUAUUAUUGGUCAGAUGCAAACUAGUAUGAGGAACUAUUUCACUUCCUUUUUGUACACAGAACACACUGUGAGAUUAAGUGAAAGUUUUCCCUUCUCAUAUAUUGAGUCUCCACACAAUGCUAUUUUGUUAAGGAUGGUUUUCAAGAUUAGCCAUGGUUGAGCAUUCUUCUUCUGUUAUUCUUCUCUCUCCAAACAUAAUUCUAGCUUCCUUUGAGUUGAAUCAGGCAACAUCCUCUCCUUUCUUCUUCUGUACUCUGCUUUUGGCCUUAUUUUGACUUAUUUCCAUUGUUCUUUCCCAGACCAGCUUCUGUUUUCUGACCCCGAUACCUAAAGUAGGAUGAGCUUUCUCAGGCUUCUAGUCCAUUGCAGUACACAAUUUGCAGUAGGAUGUAAGCUCUUCUUGUUCCAUUUUAAUAAUCUUGUAUUUCCAUAUGGGUUUCCAUCAGUAACUUCCUACAUAUAAGACAUUUGUUCUGACUAAUCAACAGUUAUUUUCCUGAACUCUUGCCAUACAAUUCUCUCUUCCCCAUCUUGUUCUUUGAAUAAAGAUUGUACUGAGAGUCACUCUAUUAAGUCCCAUAGUUGUUAUGAAUAGGUAUUGUUUAAAAAAAAAAAAAAAAAAAAAAAGCCCUGCACUUGGGGUUAAGAAGACCUGAGUUUGAAUUCUGCCUCAGUUAUGCUUUAUUAAUUUUGGUGACCUAGAGAAAUCAACUUCAGUUUUCUCGUCAGAAGGGAGACAGUAGUGCCUUUUAUUAUUAGGAGAAUCAGCUAAGAUACUAAAUGUAGUGCAUUUUGUAAACUUUAUAAGGUUUAUAGAAGUAUUAGCUCUUUUUAGUAUUAGGACCAUUUCAUUUCAUACCUUGAGUUCCUUUGAUGGGAUUAGUUAAGACUGGAUCUUUGAUCUCUUCAGGGUGCUGCAGGUGUGGAACUUCUCUCUAUGCAAACCUCUGGAACAUAAUAGAAUUGCCUGGAGCACUGGAGUUAACCAACUUGCCUGGAGUCACACAAUCAGGAAAAUCACAGAGUGUGCUAAAUGGAAACAGUGAAAAAGAACUAAAAGAUCCUUAUUUUGUGGAGACCCCCUAUGGUUAUCAACUGGAUUUAGAUUUCCUCAAGUAUGUAGAUGACAUACAGAAGGGAAACACCAUCAAAAAACUUAACAUCCAGAAGAGGCGAAAGCCAGUGCCACAACACACAGGAGCCAAGGAUACCCAUGGCCAGCUAGACGUAUGGGCUUCCACUGAAUCACUCUCCUCUUCUAAUAGUGAUGAUAAUAAGCAUUGCCCCUCAUUCCUAACAGCCAAGAGCCAAGUAACAGCCCCUCCAGCCACCAGGCAACCUGCCCCUCCUGAGCUCUCCCCCACUUUCUUUACCAUUCCAGAAAACAAACAGCUGCCACCUCCCUCCCCCCAGCUCCCCAAGCAUAAUCUUCAUGUCACCAAAACUCUGAUGGAAACUCGGAGAAGAUUAGAGCAGGAGAAGGUCAAUAUGCAGGUAGGCCCAGGAGAGUUUCGAAGACCUAGACUGGCUAGUUUUGGUGGUCUGGGCUCCACAGGCUCACUCCCCUCCUUUAUGGGAUCUGGGAAUCGCAAUCCAGCAGCCCAUCAACUUCAGAAUGGGUACCAAGGCAUUGGGGAAUACAGUAUUUACACCACUGCUGCAACCACUUCUUCUAUGGGGAGCUCUCUCCGGCAUAGCCCAAUGAGCUCUGGGAUUUCCACGCCUGUGACCAAUGUAAGCCCGUUGCACCUGCAACAUAUCAGAGAACAAAUGGCAAUCGCCCUGAAACGCCUGAAGGAACUGGAAGAGCAGGUGAGGACCAUUCCAGUGCUUCAGGUCAAGAUCUCAGUUCUGCAGGAGGAAAAGAGACAACUGGUCUCACAGUUGAAGAACCAAAGGUUGCCUUCACAAAAUGACACCUGUGGUGUGAGGCAGCGAUCCUACAGUGCUGGAAAUGCUUCCCAGCUGCAACAGCUUUCAUGGGUCAAGAGAGGAGACAGAGGGGAACUAUACAUAGACUGUGAAGAGGAGGAGAUGGAGAGCAUAGAACAGAGUACAAAGAGGAUAAAAGAGUUUCGGCAGCUCACUGCAGAGAUGCAAGCACUGGAGAAGAAGAUACAGGAUAGUAGUUAUGGGGCUUCCCUGGAGAUAAGAGAAAAUAAGGAGUGGGUAUCCAAGGAGUGCAAGUCUGUUGCUGUGGGUGCAGAUGACAACAUGGAUGAUGUUGUCCUGUAUCACAAAUCCUCUCGGCCGUGCAGGGAAGCUGCCGUGGGAACAGAGGCAGAAACCAAGGACUCUGGAGUUGGGGUAACAGAAGCAAUGCUUGGCUUUACUACUGAAGCAGAUAAAGAAAUAGAGCUGCAGCAGCAGACAAUAGAAGCUUUGAAAGACAAAAUCUUUAGGCUUGAGGUUCAGCUCAAAGAAACCACCUAUGAUCGGGAGAUGACCAAGUUAAAACAAGAACUGCAGGCAGCCGGAUCCAGGAAAAAAGUUGACAAAGCCUCCAUGGCCCAGCCACUUGUCCUCAGCAGGAUGGUGGAGGCAGUGGUUCAGACAAGAGACCAAACAGUUGGUAGUCAUGUGGACAUGAUGGAUGCUUGUGUGGGGACUCAGCUACAAACAUGUAGCAUCGGCAUCUCCUGCAAGCCUGAUUGGGAGAAUAAGAUUGUUGGGCCUGAGCUGCCCAUGAAUUGGUGGAUUGUGAAGGAGCAUGUAGAGAUGUGUGACCAAUGUGUUGGAAGUUCUGUGAAGAUGUGUGAUAAGAACGUGGGUGUGGAAAACAGCAUUUGCGUAACAGACAGUAAUACAAAAGAAUCUUUGAUUGAUCAAACUCCUUGCAAGGCACAGGUAAAUAUCAAAGAAGUACGGUCUAUAGGUUGUGGAGACUGUUCUAUAAAUGUGACUAUCUGCUCUCCGAAGGAAUAUAAUUCCCAAAGCGUGAAUACAGAGUCUGUUUUCCUAGUGAAUUCUUCUGUCAUGGCUGUACCUCAAACCAUGAACCAGCAUACCACUACAGUAUUGGAACAGGUAAACCAGUUCACCAACACAGAGAUGAGAUCUCUGAUGGACUCCAGCACUAACACUUUCCUAAGCACUUUUGACAAACAGACUAAUACUAGGACUGUGGAUGUGCGGACUGUGGCAGUUGGGGAGGGCAGAGUCAAGGAUGUCAACGCUUCUUCCAAGACUCGUUCCAUUGGGGUUGGAACUUUACUUUCCAGUGAUUCUGGGUUUGAUAAGCCAUCUGCUGUGAAGACCAAAGAUUCAGGAGUGGGACAAAUAAACAUUAAUGAGAACUAUUUGGUGGGUCUUAAAUUACGGAAUAUAGCCUGUGGGCCCCCACAGUUGUCUGUGGGGUUAGCAGCCAGCAGGAGGAGCAUUGGUGUUGGAGAUGAACCUGUGGGUGAGUUGGUAGAAAACCCCUUAAACCAGGCUCCUUCUGAAAUAAUGACUGGCUUAGAUCAUUACAUUGAGCUUGUCCAGAAGCUCUUGGCCGAGCAACAGACACUACUGGCUGAAAACUAUAGUGAGCUGGCAGAGGCUUUUGGGGAGCCUCAUUCUCAGAUUGGCUCGCUUAACUCACAGCUCAUGAGCACCCUUUCAUCCAUCAAUUCUGUUAUGAAGUAUACCAACACCGAAGACCUAAGUAACACAGACUUCCAGAGACAGAACCUGGCAGGACAUAAUUUGGAAUGUAUCACUAAUAUGCAAGUUACUUCAUCAAUUGUGACUUCAAAUGGUGAAAUGACAGCACAUGAACAAGAGGCUGAGAUCAGAAAAGGGACAAAGAUUACUAUGGUAGGAGUUGGCUCUGACCAAGAGUCCUUCCUCUCUCAAGACACGACAUCUCCAGUUAACCUAACAGAUGAUCAAAUUGCUGCUGGCCUCUAUGUAUGUGCCAAUAAUGACACUACACUGAAGUCUAUUAUGAAGAAAGAGGGGAAAAAGGAAUCCAACAACACCAAAAAGAAUCUUCAAUUUGUUGGCAUCAAUGGAGGGUAUGAAACAACCUCAAGCGAUGAUUCCAGCUCAGAUGAAAGCUCUUCUUCCGAGUCAGAUGAUGAAUGUGAUGUCCUUGAAGAGGAGGAGGUGGAGGACACUCAGGGAAUGGCGGAAGGGCAUCAUGCAGUUAAUAUUGAAAGUUUCAGGUCCGUCGGUGUGGAGGAAAAUGAUAUAAAGGUUCCAGAAAGCAAAGCAGAGAAGGUGGAAAUCAGAGAGAGGUAUGAAUUAAAUGAAAAGAUGCUAUCUGCAUGUAAUCUACUGAAAAAUAAUAUCAAUGAUCCUAAAGCUUUGACCAGCAAAGAUAUGAGAUUCUGUCUCAAUACUAUUCAGCACGAAUGGUUUCGGGUAUCAAGUCAAAAGGCAGCUAUCCCUGACAUGGUUGGAGACUACAUUGCUGCUUUUGAGGAGGUUUCCCCUGAGGUCUUGCAGUACAUCAUCAACAUGGCAGAUGGCAAUGGAAACACAGCCCUCCACUACAGUGUCUCCCAUUCCAACUUUGAGAUUGUGAAGUUACUUUUGGAUGCUGAUGUAUGUAAUGUAGAUCAUCAGAACAAAGCUGGCUAUACCCCUAUCAUGCUUGCGGCUUUAGCUGCUGUGGAAGCUGAGAAAGAUAUGAGAGUCGUGGAAGAACUUUUUGGCUGUGGAGAUGUAAAUGCCAAAGCUAGCCAGGCUGGACAGACAGCUCUAAUGCUUGCAGUCAGUCAUGGAAGAAUCGACAUGGUAAAGGGUCUGCUGGCCUGUGGAGCAGAUGUCAACAUCCAGGAUGAUGAGGGUUCUACUGCCUUGAUGUGUGCCAGUGAGCAUGGCCAUGUAGAAAUAGUUAAGCUUCUGCUGGCACAGCCUGGGUGCAAUGGCACCUUGGAGGACAAUGAUGGAAGCACUGCACUCUCUAUCGCCUUGGAAGCAGGACACAAAGACAUAGCUGUUCUUCUCUAUGCCCAUGUUAACUUCUCCAAACCCCAGUCACCGGGCACACCUCGGCUUGGAAGGAAAAUGUCACCUGGGCCUACUCAUAGAGGGUCAUUUGAUUAGUGAUGGGUAAAUGUUCCUGUAUGUUCAUUCUAUCAUUAAGCUGCUAACUGUUACUGUUUUCAUGGUGACAGAAACUGAAUGUAAAUGUCUUGUGCCUGAACUCACCAGCAAACAGGGAGCAGAAGCCCAGUGUGAAAGGCAGAAAAACUUAAAGCAAUAGGCAGAGCACCGUAACUUUUGACCAUUUUCCCUACAUAAUGGGUCCUACAUAACCCACUAUCAAGUCAUUCUGUUGCUAUUGAGUCUCUUUGUUCCAUUAUGUAUGAUUUUCAGGAAUUGUAAACUCACCUGAGCAGGCUGCUUUUAUGUGCUUAUUCUUCUCACCUGCCCCCAACCCUGUGACAUCCUUCAUAGUGUCAUGAUCUCAAUUAAAUCUCUUUUAUCCAUUGGUCAGAUUUUGUGUAUGUAUGCUUUCUUCUUCUUGAAAGAUAUUUAUGUAUUCACUAAAUAUGGAAUUUGCUGGCAAUAAUUCUCUUAAAUUCCAUUCCAGAAAGAUUUUGUGAAUUUUUUUUUCCUUUUGUUUUCAUUAUUUCAAGCUAAGAAAGCUGGAAUGGCUUUGGUUAUUUAAAGUUUUUGGAUGUAAGCUGGUGGGUUUUGUUUUUUUUUCAAAUUUAGGAAUGAAAGUAGAACUCUCUGACAUCUAAAACUUACUAAAGAAAAUGAAUACAAUUCAUUAUGUCUAUUGGAUAUAUUAUGUAACUUUUUAUAUAAAAGAUAACUAAUGAAAUUAACUCACAGUAUUUUCAACUUUUAUAUUCUCUAGUAACUAAACACAUGAAGAAUUAUGUGUAAUAUUACCACAUUUUUAUUAAUGCUUGCACAUCUGUAUUCAUAGCUAAUGUUUAAGAUUUGAUUUAUGUUAGAGGGAUUGGGAAUAGAUUCAUCUAUAGAGGAAUAUGGUUUAGUUCUGCAUAUUUAUGGAAAUCUUUAUAUGUCACACUCACUUUAGGCCUAUAUGUAUUUAAAUGUUUGAAGUGCCUUGAACUCUUGCCAUAUUUUCAAAAUAAAAUUUCCUUAUGCUAUUUUA